AUGCCUCUCUCCCACACCGACUACACGGUGGGUUGCAUCUGCCCCAUGGGGGUGGAACUAGCUCCUAUGAAGGCGAUGCUGGACACCUUCCACCCGAGUCUACCGACUCCGCGCUAUCAGAACACCUAUACCCUAGGGGAAAUAGGUGGGCACAAUAUAGUAAUUGCGGUGUUGCCGGAAGUCGGGACCGACGCGGCGGCAACGGUCGCCGUCCAGUUAAUGAACGAUUGCCCCUCGAUUCGGUUUGGUCUACUUGUUGGUAUCGGCGGCGGGCUGCCGAGCGGAGACGAGGACGGAAUGGACAUUCGAUUAGGAGAUGUGGUAGUCAGUAAGCCCGUAGCCAGCCUCGGAGGUGUAGUCCAGUACGACUUGGGGAAAUAUUCGACAAGUGGCGGGUUCGAACGAAUCGGCGUGUUGGCAAAACCUCCGGCGCUGCGCUGCGCAAGUGUGGAAAGCCUGGCGGCGGAUCACCGCAUGAAGGGUCCCCAAGUACCGCAUUUGCUGUCCACUAUGCUCCAGCAAUAUCCUGCGAUGAAGGAAGAAUACUCCCAUCCAGGAAUUGACGCCGAUCGACUCUACCGAGCUGACUAUCAACACUCUGGUGGACCAAAUCGCUCACGUUGCGAUCAAUCUCGAAUUAUCGAAAUGACCGAUCGUCGUAACCAGGGUCCAAAGUGUCACUACGGUGUCAUUGGAUCCGCGAAUCUCGUGGUCAAGGAUGCCAGAUUGCGAGAAGAACGGCGGCAAGCAUUUGGUUUGCUGUGCAUAGAGAUGGAGGCGGCUGGCCUAAAGGACUCCUUUCCCUGCCUGGUUAUCUGA